GCCUUUGCCUCCAUAAAAUAUGGCGACGAUGUUCGGUUGUCGGAUAACGGAAGGUUACCGUGUGUUCACAACUUGCCAGCGCCAUAUACCUCAACAAGUAAAGUUCAUCUGUGUAAAACAAGUUGGAAGCAUUUACCGUUGCUUGGAUAGUAAUCAAACUACAAACUUUUCUACAUCUUCUGCGAAUUCAACAAGGGGAGAUUCACGGGUUCAAAAAUUUCGUAAAGUUGUCGACACUUUUGUUGCUGGAAGUAAACAGUUAGGCAAGGAUGUGAAGCUCAUGUUUGAUAUACAGAAGAAGUUGAAAAAUAGUAAUUACAAUUGGGAUGGUCUGAAAACAGAGGAAAUUAUCCAUUUACAUCAGGUAAUCAAAGAAAUAACUUCAACAGAUUUCUGGUCUUUGAAGGACAAAGUGAUGCGUGCUGGAAAACAUAAUUAAAGGCCGCGGAUCAAUCUUCAGAAAAUAUUUACCACUUUAAAGAAAUGCUCUGUAAAAUUUGAGUGCCUUAUUUAUGAGGUGCCUCUGAUACCGAAAAAAGACAGACUCUUAGAACAUUCAAACCACAGGGCGUCCAAGCACAAUUUUAGCAUACAAUGGGCACUUUAAACACAACGAUAUAUGUAAGGUGUUCUGUACAACGUUUAGUUCAAAGAUUAUGAAGGUUUGUAUGGGAUCACAACCCAAGUAAGUUACCAUCUUAAUAUUGUAGCUUGAGAAAACAGUUGACUUUUCGUGACACCACCACUGAUUUCCCGGUGAAAUGUUGUCUGAGAUAAACAAGUCACAAGAAUUCCAUACUCAAAACACAUAACUACCAAGAUCUGGGUAGUGCUUUUGAUUGGCUGAAAAUUUGCUCAAUCAAUGGAAGCACUACCCAGAUCUGGGUAGUGAUGCUUCAUCAGUUCGUCUUCCUUGUCAUUUAACUGCUUUUUUGCCCAAAUUCUGCUGAUCUCAGCACUUUAUUGUCCCUUGAACAGGGAAUUCUUCUUUGAAAAUUAAAAUCUGUUGUUAUCCCAUACAAACCCAGCCUCCUUUGCAGCUUCAUACUCUUCAAACCCACCAGUGAAACACAACACCUCAUGUAUGUUAUGUCGUCCAUAGUAUGCUAAAUAGGCUUGGUCUGCCUGUGCUCAGACACACCACUCCUGUAACACUUUUCACUUAGUUAUGCACUAAUCAGUGGAAAGCCCUGCACCCCCAUACCCGGGAAAUGCGGGGCAGUAGCAGGAGAUUUCAGCGGUUUUAGACUGUCACUUUCCCACGCUAUGUGGGGUUUUCGACAGUAUAAGACGCAAGUAUCAGCUAGUGGGGACUAAUAGCGGGGCUUAGACCAGUCUGGAAUAUCCCUAAAUUUAAGGACAGGGCCAACUGGUCACGCGACACUUUUCAACCAAUGAGAAGGCGCGCUUGUGUUUAUCAACAAACAAAUCAAAACAUCGCCCCAGUGAUCAAAAAUUUUCAAAACAACGGACGGAGUCGGACAGAAUUAAAGAUGAGCUUACAGUACUCGUCUAGGUUUCACAUUUAGUAUUUCAAAGAAAACAUUUUUUGUAAGAGAAUAAGAGCAUUAAUCAUUGCAAGGAAUCAUUGGGGUGAUCGAACUGAUUCCGGACCGAUCGCAGAGGUUGUGGCUUCACUGUCAUGGCUUGCAAGAUUUUUGAUAAAAGCAAACUGGUCCCGUGUAAAAAAUAGCCUUAAAAGAGAGUGUGAAAAUUUGUUGAGAUCAUACAAAACAGGAUUGGUACUACCCAUUAACUUCUACAGGACAAGAAUCAAAGAACCAGUCAUCAUAACAAGAAUAGAAAGUAGUAUAAUUUUUUUAAUUUUUCUUGUUUGUUUUUUUGUGUUGUUUCGCGUUGACUUCACGCCUCUGGUGCUUUCUUUGCCUGCUGUAGUACCUGCAAUGUUUUAAUUUUAUCCCAGAUAAUCAGUGCAUGUUCAAUGAGUAGCGAAACACAUCAUUCAUAAUUGAGAUUUGCCAUGUUUCUUUGAUUGUUUUUAACGGUGGAUGAACAUUUGGAGAAUCCAACAACAUUAAAUCUUUCCAGAUUAGUGAAUUUCAGAAACAAAGCGGUUAGUAUCUACCUUGCGCUUAUGAUCUUUAAUUUCAUCCCUGCAAAUUCGGCAAAGUGAGGCGAGAUGUUGGACGUGAAUAUCCAUAAGACUAAUAAAGUUGUUUUGGCCUUGACAAGAAAAAAGGCAAAGGCUCGUACUAAUGCGAAAAAAAGUAAUAACACGGCUCUGUGAGAAACACGGGAGUGGAAAACGUGCGUGUUUUUGGACCUCGGAAUUCAAAAGUUGUCUACCAAAAUUCUAGGUUGUCUACCAUCCCCACAUUCAACAUGACAAAAGUUAAUCGAUAUGACAAUCGAGGAAAAAAUAUGUAGAACUUCGUAAAAAAUCUGUGAAUCGAAAAAAUAAUAGAUCCUUGUUCACCUACCUUGAAAACCGACCCAAAACUCGCCUAUACAUCGCGUUGUUUAAAAGAUAAAAGAAGAAAUAAGCCACAAAAUGUGCUGAAUAUUUCACGAGACACUUCCAAUAUGGCUUCCGAUACGCUGUCCACUUAAAAAAAUUGUGUAUGUCUCAUGAAAAGUCUUAAAAAUAUGCCUGAGAGCCCCGAAACGAUGACUAAUUCUGUCCGACUCCGUCCGUUGUUUUGAAAAUUUUUGAUCACUGGGGCGAUGUUUUGAUUUGUUUGUUGAUAAACACAAGCGCGCCUUCUCACUGGUUGAAAAGUGUCGCGUGACCAGUUGGCCCUGUCCUUAAAUUUAGGGAUAUUCCGGACUGUAGACAGGGAUUUGUCCUUCAGACUAUCUUGAAUAGGUAUGGCAUGGGCCCAGGGGUAGGGGAACAGAAGCAUAUAAACAUUGCUUCUUAUGGGAAAUAACUGAAAUAUUGUUCUGGGUAGGCAUAUAAGCUGGAGGUCCCAUGCAACCAUAAUCACUUGGAGAGAUUAUGAAGUUUGGAAUUCCAAAUAGGGGUGACGAAUGGUCUUUGCGAGCAUUCAUGAGCAUGCCGAGCACUGCGAUUUUUCUGCAAGCAUGAGCAGAAAUAAAAAAUUUGCUUUGCGAGCUUGCGAGCAACGCAAAAAUUGGAGGAGCACGAGCAAGCGAGCACUCGUUUACAUUUUGCGAGCAAAUCGAGCAAAGGUACAAUUUUGCGAGCAGUUAAAAUUUUAAUGGACCAUUCACCACCCCUCCAAAUCUGUAACUUAAGGUAGUUUUUUGUUCAACUUUACACUUUUGGCUGUGUGAGAGAUGGAGAGCAUUGUUCACCUUACUAUUUGUAAAAGUUUAAUUCUUUAUUUCUUGAAAUAAAUUGAUUUUGGUCAACAUUGUACUAUUAUUGACACACAGAAUUGCCCCCAUAGUGGGGAAUUUGCUUCAUUUAGAAGGUAUGUAUGGUCUAAUGCCCUGUUUUUCCCCGGGUAUGGGGGUGCGGGGCUUUUCACUGAUUAGUCCAUUAUUUACAGCAAUAUUUUUUCCUCACACAUUAUUUCAUUACACUGUAAUGUUAGCCUUUUUAACAAGUACAUUAUUUACACAUGAAAUUAUAAGUUAAUGGUGACAAACUAUUGCCCAAACAUCAUGUAUUUAUAGCUUAUUUUCAUUGUUUAGUGCUUGGUGAAAUCUUUCAACAUAAGAAAUUUAGAACUGGAAUUUCUUUCAAGUUGGGGACGGGAUGAUUUUAAAACUUUUUGUAAUGAACUCUGACUUACUAAUAUUGCCCUCUGUUCUUUUUUAGACAAGGAAAGACCUUCUUAAGAGUUUGCCAGUUGUGGUAGCUUUCUUUAUUCCAUUCUUGGGCUAUGCUGUUCCCCUUGUAGCGUAAGUGCUCUUUUUUCAUGGUAAUUGCAAUGACCAUACCGGUAAAUACCUGAUUGGGUAAUAAAUGCAAACCCAAGACUUCAUCUACAUUUACAAUGCUAAUGAAAUCACCAGUCAUCAAUUUCGUUGGUGCCGGAUUGCACUAGAAUCUUUUUCUUAAUCAAGACUGUCAUCCACCACUGCUCAUUAUUAAAUUGUGUAUAUUCAAGUCAUAGAUUCUUUGUGUCUAUUAAUUUUCCAGCUUCCUGUAUCCCAAGCAGCUGCUAUCCCGUCAUUACUGGCAGCCACACCAAUGGGAAAAGUUUGCUUUGCAGGAUGUCAGAAGACGAACAAGAUAUUAUCUUCCUGUUGUCAGAGAAGUUGGAAGGUUAGCCUUGAGUCACAAAGCAAACAUUAACUGCCAAUCAACAGAUCUAAUGUCUACUUCAGUUAAGGUACAUAAUGUUUUUAAUUAUCUUUUAGCUGUGAUACAUCAACAUCAUGUUGAGGCUUGGGUGCAGGUGACUAAGUUCCAUGAUUUCGAAUGGUUGCAGAUCAUCUAUGUAGAUGCAGUUAAAAAUGUUAGCGUACAUGUCUUACUGCUGCGUGAGAUGCUGAUAGUGACACACUGUUUUCCCCACUCCCUUGUUGAAAACUUAACCUUAAAUUUACCAACUUCAUUAUUCACGCUGUCAUCCAUUUUCAGCAUCAUCAAAGCACUUAAAGUUUUGGCACCAGUUGUUCAAACCUUAUUAGAGAAAAUAUGGGCUCAAAUUUCACUUCAUGUGGGACAAAUUAUUUGUCUCACCUCUGGUGAGUGCUGUUACCUGCCACAUCACUGGUUUUAGCAACUUAAUGACAGUACACAUUUAGUGCUGAAAGUAACUUAAUAUUUAUUAAAAUUAAUCUGUACUUGAUAUUUCUUUCAGGUUGUGAACAAGCAGCAUCCUUCAAAUGAAGAGCUUCUAAGUGCAGUGGAAUUUUUUAAGGGAGAACUUCUCAGCUUUGAUCACCUACCUCGCUACCAUCUGGUGAGGGCAUUAGCUAACAGUAAAUCAUAACAAGCAAAAAAUAUAAUGGCACUGAGAAUUUUCUUUUUGUUUUUAUCCAGAAAAAACUUAGUCAGGUCUGGCUUAUUAGCCCAUGGCUUCCAAAGAGGUUUAUGCGAGCUCGAUUGAAGAAACUUUUACAAGCAAUACAAAAAGAAGAUGCUGCUAUAAAGAGAGAAGGACUGGAGAGUCUUAAUGAACAACAACUGAAAGAUGUGAGUUAUUUUUACUAUGCUUCCUUGUUUAUAUAGAGGAUAUUACACGGUGGCGGGAAGAUAUGAAUUUUAUUUUUGAGUGGCAAAACAAUAUUUUACGAACGAGCGCAGCGAGUGAGUAAAAUAUUGUUUUUGCCACGAGAAAAUAAAAUUCAUAUCUUCAAGCCGCCGUGUAGUGUUCUUUUUAUUAUAUCAACAAAAAGACAUCGAUAAAAUAAUAGAGGGAAAUUACCGAAAUUACGUCAUCGAUAAACUCACGUGUGAGAUUAUGGAAAAUAAGCCACUCGGGUCCCAGAUGUAGUUUUUAUGAAUUUUACGAGUGGUAUAUUUUCCAGUAAAACACUUGUGUCUGUAUAAUAAAAUAUAUGUAACAGUCUCACAUCUUGGUGUAGCACUUUCAUUAGAUAAGUUUAUCAUACUCUAUUUUUAUUGUUUAAGUAUCGCAAAAAAACAGCCAAAUUUAUUGAAAGCAAAUAGUACUCAUUAAAGUUUCAUUAUUGAAUUAACCUCGUUCCUUUUCUGUCAGGUAUGUCACUCAAGAGGCCUGGACACCAGUGAUGUUGACCCAGAGGCCCUGGUAAUGUGGUUAGCUGACUGGGUGGAGCUAUCAAAUGCUGCAGGAGGUGAACUAUGAAUCUGUUAAAUCAUUUGACAAUAAUUCUAUUACUUUAUGCCUAAAAGAGUGCAAUUAGUGAACUACAAGCAGAUGACUUUAUAAUCAAGUCUUUUUAUGCAUGGUCUAAUGACUUGUGUUCCCUAGAAACUAAGUGAGUCAGAACUCCGAAACUACAGUAUAAACAAGCUGUUUCACAGUGAAUGAUAUUAAAGUAGCUAAAUGUAUUAUCUUUUUAAUUAGUAAGUAUAUGUGCGUUAAGCAUAGAAAGGCUUGAACUAAGUUCACGUUACUUAAGAGCCUCCAGGUAAAGUUUCUUAGUGAUAAAACUUUUCACAGUUGUGGGCUUAGCUUCUGAGUGCAUGUGAGGCUUAAACCUUGCAAAGGCAUUUCCUUUGUUAUGUAAAUUAUGCUAAGAACAACAUGAUUUACAUAACAACGCAGAAACAGUCAUUUCUAAACAAGGCCACUUCAGCCAGAUUUUCCUCCUGUGUCUUUAAAUGGGCUGCUCCCGUGUAGUUGUUCUUUGUUCGAUCAUCCACUAGCAUUUAAACAUCUUUAUCGUGGCCUGUAGUUAUUUCAAAUAAAUUCUUGUAGUUUGAAGACCAUUGUUAUUAAUAUUAUUAGUUGUAGUUUUCAAGAAAUCAAUAAUACUAGUAAGCUGCCAGGUUAGCUUCACUCUAACCAUUUUUUUCCUUUUUGUUUACACACAGACAUGGAUGAAUCCUUUUUGGCUCACUGUGCCAUUUUUAAGGCCAUAAAUUAUAAUGGUGACAAAGAUGUCCUCAUCAGUCAAAGAAGUUGAUUAAUUCAGCAAGAGUAAUCCAAGCAUUGAAGAAAAAUCAGUUCCGCUGCUCAUAGAAAUUCCAAAAACCAUAUUAUUUUGUACACAAACAAAACUUAUCAUUAUUUUAUAUUAGAUGGUUUAGCCAGCUGUAGAAAAAGCAAUAACUGAGAAAUAAGUCAAAAGGUGGAAUAUAAUAAUUUUAUCAUAUAUGUAGAUAAGUCUGUGAGAUUUGCCCCUGAUUUUCUUACCUUUCUUGUUAAAAACGGCACAUAUGAACUGAAGCACUAAAUCUUUUCAUUGAAAAACAAAAAUAAUCACAAAAACAAAAUAGUUAUACAGUCAACUCCCUUAAUUUCAUUGCUACCUCUAUAUAAUGGAGAACUUUUCUACACACCUAUAGUUGUUGCAGCAUAAACCAUCAUUAAGCCUGUCUAUAGUAAGACAAUCAGAGCAAUAACAAGGCAGCUGUGUUUGACAAAUGCAACAUGUAUUCUCUUAGUAGAGAUAAAUGCUAUUUUGAAAAGCAAGUGUCAAGAAAGAUAGCAGACCUGAGGUUGAUUUCAUUCCAUUCCCAGUGGUGUCUGUCUUGGCGAGAGUUAAGCUUACUUUUAAAUAAAUUAUUAUUCUAAGGAAAUGAUUAUCGUGUUCAGGUACUACUUUAAAUGGAAAUUCUAUAUUUUGCUGCCUAAAAAUGAAAUUAAUAUUAAUUACAUUAUUAUUUUAAAUACUACUUAUUUCAAGCUUUCCUCUUUACUUUCCAUAUUCUUUCCAGCUGAGUUUUUUUAGUUACACCUCGUUAUUACUAUAUAUAACAGAGUUUUACUCCUACUAAGCUCAGCAGAAAGAGUAUCAUUAUUCCUGUUCCUAAACUGCUUCAUAUCCAGGUUUCUUUUUACAGUAGUACCAAACCAUUCCAACAACAAUCAGCACAAGAACUACCACACCUGCAGCAACAAUCAAUAUUAUCUCCCAGGUUUUGAGGGAGCCUGAAGGUGGCGAUUUGUUUUCUAAAAAUAGCAAAGGAAAAAAAAAUUAACUACAAAAAAUCCCUAAGUUCGUAUCAAGGAUGGUGGAACAUUUACAUUUUUCCACAUGGGGAGGGGGAGGCUGACAAGUGACUUAAAUGCUGAGAGACUCUUCUGCAAGGAAAGCGUACCCCAGCUCUGCCAUCCCUGUGUUUUGAGAGACUCUUACCAUUGUUUGUUACUAACAUUAAGUCCUGAUCAGUUCUGGGUGCCCAGAUUUGCGACAGGAAAUGUUAAAAUACCAGUCAAAUACCACCUAUGUUACACUAUAAGCACACUAUGUGCUUGAUGUCCCAGUUUAAUGCUAAAAUGUUGCUGGUCAUGAUGGACUGAUGCAAAAGAAAAAAGAUUAAAUGUGAUCAACAGACCUGUUGGCUUGGUAGGAAUUGCUGAAGAUAAAUUAAACCAGAAAAAAACAAUGUUAGAAUGUUUCAGGGUUAACCUGGGAAUCAACUGCUGAAACAAGUCACAGACUUAACUGUGAUAUUUUAAAAGAAAAUGUUAUACAAUUUAGCUAAAAGAUUAAAUGUGAU